UGAUCCAGAUUCACACUGCAAAACAUCAGCAGAGGAAGCGGGACAAUGAUCGUCCUACUUUUAUUAUCAUUCUCUUCUCUUGCAGUUUGGGGACAGGAGCCUUGGGGUUUAAAGGGUGAAGCCGACGACUUUGACAUAGACUUCCAAUCUGGGUUUCAGCGUCUUCCGAGGCAGGUCGUUGUAUCACAGAGAUCGGACAGUAAACCCCAUAUGACAGAUUUCAUAGUGAAAUCCACUAUCUUCUCCCGCUACGCAUUCACAGCUGUUUCCUCCACAAUGGUCAAUCGAGCUUCUCGACCCAAGGAUGCAGUUUUCCAAAUGCAAAUUCCAGCUGCUGCCUUCAUUUCCAACUUCACAAUGAUCAUAGGCAAAAAGGUGCAUCAGAGUGAGGUGACAAGCAAAGCAAAGAAAUCCAAAGACAAAAUAAAAGAACAUUCUGGAAAAAAUGAUAUGGACAGUGAAGUGGAAAUUUUCACUGUUACUGUAAGUUUGCCCGCAAGGACUAAAGGAUUAUUCCUCCUGACUUAUGAAGAGCUUUUGGAGAGGUGUCUGGGAAAAUACACACAUGUGAUCAGUGUCAGGCCCAAGCAGAUCAUUCCUAAACUCCUGGUGGAGAUCCAUUUGAUGGAGCAUUCCGGGAUCACUUUACUAGAAGUUGCACCCCUAAGAAACAGCAAGCAGAUCAGUCAGAGCACUGCAGCCUCACCUCCACCAUCCACCAAAAUCAAUCAGACCAGAACAACAGCCCACAUCAGGUUUGCCCCAUCUAUUAUACAGCAGGCUGGAAUCAGUGAGAAUGGAGUUCUGGGUGACUUCAUUGUGAGAUAUGAUGUGAACAGAGAACUGGGAGUUGGUGAAAUUCAGGUUCAAAAUGGAUAUUUUGUUCAUUACUUUGCACCUAAGGAUCUCCCUCCAGUGCCAAAAAAUGUGGUUCUUGUGAUAGACACAAGCGCAUCAAUGGUUGGAAAAAAAAUCAAACAGACUAAAGAUGCCCUUUUCACCAUCCUCAAUGACCUUCGGCCCACUGACCACUUCAACAUCAUCAACUUCUCCAGCCGUGUCAAGGUCUGGCAAGAUGGAAAGCUUGUCCCUGUCAUUCGGGAGACUUUAAGGGAUGCCAAGAAGUACAUCUACCUAAUGUCGCCUUCAGGAGGUACCAACAUAAAUGAUGCCAUCCAGACUGCAUCUAAAUUGUUGAAAGCUUACAUAGCUCAGCAGGACAAGAGUGUGCGGACAGUGUCAUUAAUCAUCUUCUUGACAGACGGGCGCCCAACAAUAGCUGAAAUCCAACCUCAUAAAAUCCUAAACAAUACGAGAAAGGCCGUUGAAAACAAGUUCUGCAUCUUCAGUUUGGGAAUAGGAAGAGAUGUGGAUUACAAGCUCCUCGAGCGGAUGUCACUGGAGAACUGCGGAGUAAUGAGGAGGAUUGAUGAAGACUCGGAUGCAAGCACCCAACUGGAAGGCUUCUAUGAUGAAAUUGGGACUCCACUCCUCUCGGACGUUCGUGUGGAUUACUCUGAAGAUUCAGUGGAGUACGUGACGCAGAAUUUCUUCACAAACUACUUCAAUGGAUCAGAACUUGUGAUUGCAGGGAAGCUAAGAAACAGCACCAUCGACAACUUGCAUGUCCAAGUUACUGCAAGCACAAGUGACAAACACCUCAUGCUGGAGGCAGACAUGAUUAUUAAUGACACCAGGAAAAGUUCAAACAAUGCCAAGGGCGGAUCCAAUGAUGCCAAGUUAAUCCAAAGGGCAUGGGGCUACUUAACCAUAAAAGAACUGCUGAGAUCUCGACUAAAGAAUAGCAGUAGCAGAGAGAAGGAAAUUCUUUCAGACAAAGCAAGAAAUCUUUCAUUGGAAUACCAUUUUGUCACACCCCUCACUUCACUAAGUGUGAUGAAUUCAGAUGAACAGAGCAGCGGAUCCACAGAGAAUGUGAUGAAUGAAUCUGAGGUGAAAGAUGAGAGAACACAGAGUUUACAGAGAAUGACUAAACCAGACAGCACUUCCUUAAGAAAGAGAAAGAAAACUAUAGUGGUUUCAAAAACAUCAGCUGAUGGGGACCCUCAUUUUGUUGUUGAUUUUCCUUUGAGCAAGCUGUCGGUAUGCUUCAACAUAGAUGGCCAGCCAAGUAACAUACUCAGACUGGUGUCUGAUCAUGAGGGUUCAGGAGUGACAGUUAAUGGGCAGUUGAUUGGAGCUCCAGCACCUCCCAGUGGACAUAAGAAGCAGCGCACCUACUUCAGUGCCAUCACCAUUAUUGUCAGUAAACCCUCCCGCUCCUAUAUUGAAAUCACACCUCACAAGGUCAUCUUUGACAGCCGAGAUAGGUUUAUCUUAUCGUGUGAUAAGACCAUAGAGGUGGAGAGUGAAGGCUUAGCAGUUUCUGUGACUGCUCAUUCCAAGGUCACCGUGACAAUACAGGAGUAUACCUCUUUUGUCAUCCUGCUCCAUCAGUAUAAGAAUCCUGCACCCUAUCAGAGAGAUCACCUGGGAUUCUACAUUCUCAACAGCAGGGGACUCUCCUCCAAUGCUCAUGGACUUUUAGGCCAGUUCUUAUACAGUGAGUUCCAAAUCAUUGAAACAGCCAUGAAUACAUCUGGACCGGUAAGACAGCAAACUCAGACAGGAGCUCAGACCAAAGGAAGUGAGGGGUCCAAGGGACCGGUGAUCAUGUUAAAUAUUAAAGAUCGACUCGUGCCUGUGGUGAAAAAGCAAAGAAGGAUUUACAAUGGGCAGCAUCAGGUCGACUGCUGGUUUGAUAAAAACAAUGCCAUCAACCUGAUUGAUGGAUCGUACAAAGAUUAUCUGGUGUCACAUCUCUUCGAGACAACCACAAGCAGUGCAAUUGAACUUUAACUUCAGUGGGUGGAAUAGAAUGUCCAUUUUUUCACCACUUUUUCUUUUAAAGCUGUUGCCAUCGCAAUAUUUAGUUGGCUUUUGCACAAUUACAAAUGUCAUGCUUAGUUUCCUUGGUAACCACGUAGUGUUUAAGAUUCCACUGCAGAUAUUCUCCUGAGAUUUCCGUGGAUAGCAAACAUUUUAAAAGCUUGGUCAGUAUCCAAGAUUUUUGAAGUCACAGUCCAGAGAAUCUUUUUGCAAAUGAGUGAACUGUUUGUCUCCAGGGAUCCUCCUGAUAGGAGUUUGCUUUGCGGCUUUUGACAAAAUAACCAGCCCAAGCUGAACGAAGACUAUGAAAGGCAUCACAUGUUUAAACCCAUUCAUUACCAUGUCCCCUUCCCCCCAAUUCCCUGCCCAUUAGAGCUAGGCUGGGAUAAAUCAGUGACUUCCUUCAGUGACAUUUUCCAAAAAAAAAAGCAAGAUUUCCUCUUUCUGCCAGACUAACAGUCCAAAUGGGUGUCCACAGUAAAAUAACAGAUAUGUGGCCUUGAACUGAACAAUCAAUGUGACUUGUGUGAGGGAUAACAGAAGUCGAUAACAUAUACAGGGGUGCAGUAAAAAGCAUGCUUAGCGAUUAGAUUUGGUGAUAUUCGGGACAGACUCUUUAACAAAUCAAUAUAACUUUCCCCUGUUGCUAUUUUGA